AUGGAGUCAUAUCCCAACAGCCCAGACUCGAGUCCGUGCGAGGAACAUGCGGCAGUGGUUCAUGACCACCAACAAUACCACGACAUAAUUGAUGACAUUCCCGUGGUGGAAUCUUAUGAUUGCUCCCGCAGCUUCACAGUAACGGAAUACAACCCCGUGACAGAAAUACCCCAUUCAGAGGAGGAUGGUAGCGAAGGGGAUUUGCAAUAUGAUUUCAUCAAUAGGGGUGAUGUCUUCUCAGAACUUGGUGGCGCAUUGGCAACAGAAGGAAUAAGCACCAGAUCCAGUGGUUUUGUACCGGCUGUGGAAUCGGAAGGUGAUUGGUCUCCCACAUUACCACCGCAUCGUGCCGCUCUUUCCAUGGAUCGUAUGGAUGGUAUUUCUGAGCCCCAACUGCGGAUGGAGCGCGUGGCACCACACCGCACCCUCACACCAGAGGAAGUUCGCGAGCUCUUAAAUAAGAGAAAUGAAGCCAUAAAGAAAGAAAGAGCGUUUCCUCUUAGGGGUGGAUCGCGUUACACUUAUCAUCAGCAGCGGCAAUACCGACCUGUGCGACGUGCAGGAGGCCAAAUGCGGCACUACACGCACACGAGUGGGCAAACGGAAAAUCUCGUGCUUUUGGUUCCUCAUGGAACUGCAGCGACGGCUACGGUGGUUCCAGACGCGUGUAUGCAACAACCGCAAUUUAUUGGUGUUCAGGCGGUGGUAUUAAACGCUGGGCAGCGGCCAUUUGGUCUGCCGUCAUCCCCGCAACAACAUGUGUGCAUGCAUCUGCAACCGUCUCAACUGCAGCCGCAUCAUGGGAUUGGGCAGUUUUACUAUUUUUAA